AACAACAUUCAUUUCCUCAUUUCUUCAUUUCCGUCUACAUCACGUUAGGCCGUUCCCACCCAAACGCAUCAUCUCUUCAGGAUAAUCUCAGCCAUUCUGACCUAGCUAGGGUUUCCGAUGUCUCCGAUCACCGAUCUCCUCCUCUUCCCUCCGCCGCCUUCUCCGUUCAUCACCGCCAUGUCCGUCAUCAGCCUCACAUCCCUUGCCUACACUGGCGUCUCCGAGGUUUAUGGUAAGCACCUCCACUACUCUAAGUUCUGGAAUGCUAACCCUAAUGGCCGCCAUAAGGGUAUCGAGCUCUCCAGCCGUGCUGGCAUGCUCUUAAUCUACUCUCCCGCGCUUGCCGCUGCUCUUGCCUCGUUUUCCAUCCCCGGUUGCGCCCUUUCUAGUACCCGGAGCUUGCUUCUCAGCGCCGCACUUAGCAUCCAUUACUUUAAGCGGGUCUUUGAGGUCCUGUUCAUCCAUCAAUACAGUGGGCGGACGAUGCUCGACUCUGUUCUCCUAAUCUCCCUGAGCUAUUUCAUGAGCGCAGUAAGUACGAUCUACUCACAAUAUCUGACAGAGAAUACUGCAGAACCAGCAUUCGAUCUCAAAUAUGCAGGAGUUUUAUUGUUUGUGAUUGGUAUAAUUGGCAACUUCUACCACCAUUAUAUCCUGUCUCAACUCAGGGGUAAGGAUGACAAAAGUUACAAGAUACCAAAGGGAGGCCUUUUUAGCCUGGUUAUUUGCCCACAUUACUUGUUUGAGAUCUUGGGUUUCAUAGGAGUUUCACUCAUCUCACAAACAGUGUAUGCUGUUUCUUUCACUCUGGGUUCCAUGUUCUACCUUCUUGGCAGAAGUUACGCUACCAGGAAGUGGUACCUCUCUAAGUUUGAUAACUUUCCUAAAAAUGUCAAGGCAUUGAUACCUUUUGUUUUUUAGGCAAGUUCUAUAUGUAUGUUUGCAUACUUGUUUGCAGUAGAUGUUUUGUGUUGUGAGAUUCAAUUAUCCUUGUCAACAUGAAUUUGUAUGUAUGCAUGUUGGUUUUCAAAUUGAAUACUAUAUAUUUAUUAGAAGAAUCAUGCAUUGUUUA